AGCCGGACAUGUAUGAUGAAAUGGAAUUUAAAGAUGGCGGAGAACAUGAAAGCACGUUUGGCUUCCCAGGAAGAACAAAUUAAGAUCCUCACUCGAGAGAUUAGUGGUCUUCGUGACGGUUUGAACGGCGGCGGCACUCUUGCCAGUUCUUCAGAGCUCGAAGACUUGCGGAGCGAAAAUGAGAAACUAAAAUACCGGCUCGUACACCUUCGCCGGGGUCUUGAGAAUGAGCUCGAGCUGGAAGCUCAGCAGGGCAAGAGGGACAUUGUCAAAAGCCACGAAAAUAAACCAGACAAUAAACAACCACCAAAGAACCGUGCUGAACAUAAGGAACCGGCGCAGGCCAAGCCAGUGGAGAAAAAAAAGAAAAAGGAGAAGCAAGAUAACGGCCACGGAGGUGGUGGAGUGAAAGAGUCUUUGCCUGGGUUCAUUUCUGAACGCAUGCAUCUCUAUGAGGAGCUGAAGAAGGAGAGUGAUUCCUUGCUGGCAAGGAGAGUUGCAGACAGCCAGGCUAUCACUGUCCAGCUGCCAGAUGGGCAGAAUGUCCAGGCCCAGUCCUGGAUCACUACACCCUAUCAGCUGGCGUGUGGCAUCAGUCAGGGCCUCGCUGACAAUGCUGUGAUCUCUCGAGUAAAUGGGGUCCUGUGGGACCUGGACAGGCCCUUGGAGAAGGACUGCUCACUGGAGAUCCUGCGCUUUGACAAUGACGACGCUCAAGCUGUGUACUGGCACUCCAGUGCUCAUAUUCUUGGGGAAGCCAUGGAGAACUACUAUGGAGGCUGUCUUUGUUAUGGACCACCCAUAGAGAAUGGAUUCUACUAUGACAUGUUCCUUGACGGACAACGGGGAGUGUCCAGUACUGAGUUUGGGGAUUUGGAGACACUGUGCAAGGCUGUGGUGAAGGAGAAGCAGCCUUUUGAGAGACUAGAGAUCAGCAAGGAGACACUGCUGAAGAUGUUCAAGUACAACAAAUUCAAGUGUCGCAUUCUCAAUGAGAAAGUUACGACCCCAACUACAACUGUAUACAGAUGCGGCCCUCUGAUUGACCUGUGUCGAGGGCCCCAUGUCAGGCACACUGGGAAGAUCAAGGCCAUGAAGAUCUACAAGAACUCUUCCACCUACUGGGAAGGUCGUGCGGACAUGGAGUCUCUGCAGCGUAUCUACGGCAUCUCCUUCCCUGACACCAAGAUGCUGAAGGAGUGGGAGCGCUUUCAGGAGGAGGCCAAGAACCGAGACCACCGCAAGAUUGGCAAGGAACAGGAGCUGUUCUUCUUCCACGAUCUGAGUCCUGGAAGUUGUUUCUUCCUCCCCCGUGGAGCCCAUGUCUACAGCACCUUGACAGAGUUCAUAAGGGAGGAGUACUGCAGACGUGGCUUCCAGGAGGUGGCCACCCCCAACAUCUACAACAGCAAGCUGUGGGAGACGUCUGGCCACUGGCAGCACUACAGCGAGAACAUGUUCUCCUUCCCCGUGGAACAGGACAUCUUUGCACUCAAACCCAUGAACUGCCCAGGACACUGCCUGAUGUUCUCCCACAAGCCGCGCUCCUGGAGGGAGCUUCCCCUCCGGUUGGCUGACUUCGGGGUGCUCCACAGGAACGAGCUCUCAGGAGCCCUCACAGGCCUUACCAGGGUGAGGCGCUUCCAACAGGACGACGCUCACAUCUUCUGCACCAUGGAACAGAUAGAGCUUGAGAUGAAGGGCUGUCUGGACUUCCUGCGCUGCGUGUACAACGUCUUCGGCUUCUCCUUCCAACUGUUCCUCUCCACACGCCCUGAGAAAUAUCUAGGGGACAUUGCUGUGUGGAAUGAGGCUGAGAAGCAAUUGGAGAACAGCCUGAACGAGUUUGGGGAGCCAUGGAAACUGAACCCAGGAGACGGGGCUUUUUACGGACCUAAGAUUGACAUUAAGAUCAAAGAUGCUAUCGGGCGCUAUCAUCAAUGUGCAACCAUUCAGCUGGACUUCCAGCUUCCCAUCCGCUUCAACCUGACCUUUGUGGGGAAGGAUGGGGAUGACAAGGACAGGCCUGUUAUCAUCCAUCGAGCCAUCCUUGGAUCAGUGGAGAGGAUGAUUGCCAUCCUCACUGAGAACUAUGCUGGGAAAUGGCCCCUGUGGCUUUCUCCACGCCAGGUGAUGUUUGUGCCUGUCAACCCCUCCUGUGAAAAAUACGUCAAGGAGGUGUGCAAGCAGUUUGUGGAAGCUGGCUUCAUGGCCGACGCUGAUCUUGAUUCCAGCUGCCUUCUUAAUAAAAAGAUCCGCAAUGCCCAGUUGGCCCAGUACAACUUCAUUCUCGUGGUCGGUGAGAAGGAGAAGAUGACUCACAGUGUGAACGUGCGUACGAGAGACAACAAAGUCCAUGGAGAACUUGCUGUCAAAGAAGUCCUGGCCCGCCUCACUCUGCUCAAACAGACACUCUGCCGAAAUGCUGAGGAGGAGUUCUGAAGAUGACUUCAUGGACAUAGGAGGACAUGUGAUACAAAUAUCUGAUUGUUUUGCUCAAACAUAGCCUAGUGUGGGAAAUGUAAUGUAUUUAUGGUGCAGUCUAAAAUGGGAUGGUAUGGCGAAGGCUCAGAUUUAUUGAAGUAAAGGUAAUAUACUGAUAUGAGAUUCGUUUUUAGGGUUCAGAUCUCUUUUUGGAUCAAGAUUUAAGUAUCUUAUUGGUUCACGGAAUUACAGAGAAAUAUGUGGAAGGAAUAGUUUGUUGCUAUGAGAAAAGUCUUAGUGAAGUUAAAUGGACUGUCAGAAGGACAUUUUCUUUUAAGGUCUGAUUUACAACAAGAAUCUGAAGAAUAAAAGUGUAAUGUUCUAAGUGUGACUAAUUUAUGAGGAUGUUUUGACAAUCUGCAUUUUUAUGUAAAUGUCAAGUGUAAACGUUCAUACUGUUAUUCUGCGACUAUUUCAAUUUUCAAGAAAAAACGAAUGCAACCUCAGACCAAGAAAGUAACUUAAAUUAAUCAAACCGAUUCCAUUGACACAUAUCUGAUCAAGGAGCAUAUCUUGCAUUGUACUGUUUGUUCAAAACUUGUGAAAUUACAGGUCAAUGAAACUGA